AUAAUAAUUGUGCAAAUUGAUUAUUGAUGAAAAAUUCUACCAUAUCAUAUUCGAUUACAUCAAAUGGCCUCAAACGAUAAAGAUGAUGAUGAACUUACGAUACCGCGUGCGGCAAUUAAUAAAUUAAUCAAAGAAAUCGUACCUGAUAUUCGUGUAGCCAACGAUUCUAGAGAAUUUAUAUUACAAUGUUGUUCAGAAUUCAUUCAUAAAAUAACAACAGAAGCAAAUUUAAUAUGUGAAAGUCAACAGAAAAAAACAAUGUCAGCUGAACAUGUUCUAUCAGCACUUGAUCGACUUGGUUUUUCUAAUUAUAAAUCCGAUGCCGAAUCUGUUAUGAAUGAUUGUAAAGGUAAACGACGACGACAAUCAACACGUUUGGAACAUUUAGGUAUACCUGAAGAAGAAUUACUUCGACAACAACAAGAAUUAUUUGCUAAAGCUCGUCAAGAACAAGCAUUAAUUGAACAACAAGAAUGGUUACAAAUGCAAAAUGCCGCCCUUGCUCAGGAUAGCUUAAAUGUUACAAAUGAAGAUGAAGAAUAUGAAUCCUAAAUCAAUUAAUCGAUUAUCACCAUUGAAAUGACAUUAUGCUUAUCAUUAAAAAAAAUAUUACAUUCAAUCUGAA